CGAUGGGCAAUACUAUUUUUCAGCAUGAUGUUCUUAGUGAUACUAUCUGGAGACGUGGAACUAAAUCCCGGCCCUCUAGUGAGAGUAUCACUCACAGUGGAAAAUGUGGCUCGCAAGCUGAAAGCUAUUGAGUGUAACAGCGAGCAGCUAAAGCUUCUUGGAGUCUGGUUAAACACACCCUCUUCUGAACGUACCACAUUGCAUCGCCUACUCACUUACUUCAUUGAGAUGCAUCCAUUCGGCUCAUGGAGGACUGUUAUCUGGGCACUAGACGCCAUUAAAGAACACUCUAUAGCUGACAAGAUAAGGAACUACGCUGAGAGAAUUGAAGAUGAGACACUGAACACUGAAGCUGUGGCCAAUGUUGUGCUAAAGACAACGAAAGGCUGGUAUGGUGCUUUUGCAGACAGCAUGGGAAUUCCCUGGACAAUUCAGGAGAGGAUUAAGAAUGAUUUCUCUACAGUUGAUAAACAGAAAAGAGCUCUGAUGAAGUAUUGGGUGGAGACUUUGCAUGAUGCUGCAUGGACUACACUAGCUGGUGUACUGUACCAAACGGAAGAAAAUUCUGCCUUAAGUGAUGCCUUGAAAUACCUCAAAGAAGACCGAGAGGAAACACUAACAAUUGUGAAUCUACUGCAUCUACUGGGAGAUGUGGACGAUCUUGAUUGUGAUAAAUUUGCCUACUUCCUUGACAUGCCAUGGUCUAACCGAAUUAGGCUCAGCAAAAAAUGCAAACAGCAACCAUCACCCUAUUGGCUAACAGCUUUGAUGUCUGAAUGGCUAAUCAGUCACCCUGCACCAACGUGGAGGCUUGUUGCUAAUGCUCUCUCUUGGAUGGGCAGGAAAAACAGGAAACUUCAUCAAGCCCUCAAAACUAUUUAUAAAUCAGAGAAGUUUCUUCCUGACCCAGAGAGCAAGAGACUGUGCACAGUUCUCAAUAAAGCUUGGAAAGAAGGUGGAAAACUUGAACAAAUGAUUGUACAACUUCACCUAUCCGGAACUACACGCUCAGGCAAAACCUCUCUUAUCCGACGAUUAACUGGCAAACAUGCUCGCAAAGAUGAACCAAGUACGGGUGUUGCUGAUAAGCCUGUUCGAGUAGACAUUUCUAAAACCUCGAUGAUAGUUGAAAAUACAGACGAUGCUGGUUUAUGGAGGGAGAUAAGAGACAUUAAUGAAGAGUCUACUCUAAUUUUGACUAGUAUGAGAGAGAACAUGUCAAAAAUCGAUACUGCUGAAACGGAAUAUCAGUAUGUGGUUGUCCCGUCAUUCCUACAGCCUGUGGAUAGUGAGCACAGAGCACCACCAGGGCUUCAGCCGCAAGAAAACUCACUUGCCUCUUCUGUGAAUCCAAUCGAAGUGUUUGAACAUGCUAUCGAUAACUCUAAAGAAGAAAUUCGCCAUACUAAAGACCCAUUAUCAAUUUACAUCACAGACAUUGGAGGACAACACGAGUUUCAAGAAUUAAUACCAGCACUUGUUAGUGGUCCUUCGGUGUUCCUCAUUGUAGUACCAGCACAUUGGGGUCUCAGUAAUAUCUUCCCUGUCACCGACCUAAAUCGAGAUGAAACUAUAAGCAGUCAAGAGUCACAAAGUGAUUAUCAAUGUAACGGUAUGACUCUUAAAGAAUACGUUUUGCAAUCUAUUGCAACAAUAAUGUGCGUUAGAAAUCGAGAAAUGGCUAGCGUUUGUCCAAAGCUAUUGUUUGUACUUACUUUCAAGGAUCAAAUAAAAGUUGAUGAAUUAGCAGCAGUGGACAGAGAACUUCGAGACGCUGUGUGUUUAACUGAGGCCUACAACUUAAAUAUGAUCGAGUUUGCAAGUCAAGACUUUUUAUGUCACUCCAUCAACAACCUCUCUGAAGAUGACACUGAUGUGAAACAAAUACAGCGAACGAUUGAACGUAUUGCUCGACGAAAUGAAGGGUAUCAUGUACAGACUCCUUACUCGUGGCAAUUUUUUGGAAUAACCCUUCGGUCGCUCCCUGAUAACAUUAUUGAUUAUAACACAUGCUUAGAAAUCGGGGCUAGAUGUGGUAUUUCUAGCAGGGAGGAUUUGGACUCUGCUCUCAUUCAUUUUCAUGAACAAACAGGAGUGUUGCGAUACUACCACAAUGUUCCAGAGCUCCAGGAAAUAAUUUUUCUGAAUCCCCAAGUACUUUUCGACAAGGUAUCAACACUUUUUACUAACCUCUUUACGUUUCAUCAAGUUGGCAAGCAUGAGAGUGACAGAUUUUGCAGAAAAGGUAUAUUUUCUUUGAAGACACUCGAAAAAAUCAUGGCUGUGUCCCCUGUUGAUUUCUUCACAGCUACACGAUUAGUGGCUUUCUUGAAGCACCAUCACAUCAUUGCACCACUGAGAGAUAGUGAAUCCACCUUCUUCUUGCCUUGUAUUCUAGCACGUGCCAAUUUAGUGGCCACUCCUCCGAGUCGGUCUAUCGUUGAGCCUCUACUGAUGUCAUUUAAGAAUGGGUACACUCCACGAGGUUUGUUUGGAUUCAUGAUAACGCAUCUUCUCGAAGUGGACACCACUUCUGAUUUUAACAUGGAGAUUGCAAACAAUUCGGACCAGAUAUAUCGAAAUCAAAUUUCACUCAUUAUCCAUCCGUUUGGUGAUAUCGUCAAAUUUAGUCUCCAUGCUUCUUACAUUCGCAUUGACAUUACACAAUUACUACUCAAGCGUACUGUUCCGAUCAAUUGUAUCUGCUGUCAUGUGAAGAAUCGAGUGAUACGCAUUUUAGAACAGAUACGUCUUCAGUUUCACUACAACAUUGAUACCAAUGAAGUACUGGCUUUCAUUUGUCCUCACUUGGACAAAAAUGAGCAUGCAGCAUUUGUUAAAUCGUUAAAAAAUGAACCAGUGGCAUUGCAGUGCUCACUUCUAAACCAGCCUCAGGAUCUCCCAUCCGGUUGGGAUAUGUGGUUUAGUGAUAAGAGUCAAGAUCUAACGCCAACUCUUUCGCAACUCAAAUUACUAACGUCCAAGAACAAUGAGAAAGUUGAAAUCAUAAAAGUAGUGGCCUCAAAAUGGGAGCAUAUUGGAGUUCUAAUGGAUUUCGAUUCGACUGGUUCCUACUUGGAUCUAGUCAAGAAAAGAUGUGGCGAGAGAAGUCCCGAGGAGUGUUGCAUUGCUCUGUUUCAGCACUGGCUGCGAGGCAAUGGAAAACCAUCUUGUACGUGGGGAACUGUCACAGAGUUUUUGAAGGACAUUGGCUAUCCAACUCUUGCUCUGAAUGUGAAUGAUAUAGUCAGACAGUUUUAAAUGUGUCAUUGGGUAUAUCUUUAUUUUGUUUGUUUGAUAUCAUAGUCUGACAGUUA